AUUGUGGUCACUCAAGCUAGAACACCAUUUUAAACUUGAGCUUGUGUCAUCGUGUCUACAAAGCUCACUUCGAUAUGAUAUAACGGAAUUUUCAAUGUUUUAUCUGACUACAAUUGCUUAUUUUACAACAUUAACGUAAUAUUUUUUUAAAUCACUCUUUCCGGUCGGGAUUUGAGCGCGUGAUGGCUCUAAACGUGGAAGGAUAUCGGACUACCUAGAGAAAACGUUUUUUUUUUGUUUGAUCGGGGAAUCGAAAUCCGGUCACAUAACAGAAAGUGGAGUCUUGCUACCACUGUUCCGCCAGAGGAGUAAACAGUUAUAGCUUUAGUAUCUUGUUUACACACGACAUACCUUCGACCAUUGAUUAACCAGACCUGGGUAUCUCCCGGAACCAGAGGUUCCAGGAAUGAAUAUCUCAAGAAAGGUGAAGGUUGGUGUCACUUUAACGGGAUGUGCAAUAUUAUUGUUAUUCCUCAAUAAGGGAUACGUAUCGCGUGAGUCUAGCCAUACCUCCUUAACCGCACAGUAUCUUAAAGUCAGAAAACAACCAGCUCUGAUCACACUGUUUACAACUUGGAAGACAUUCCCAGAGAUAUAUGACGUAUACAACAAUACCUUACGUAACUGGCCAAGACUACUGCCUGACGUAACGAUCAUAGUGUUCACUAAUGAUCACAUUCCGGACAAGUAUAAACAGUUAGGCUGGACGGUGUUGCCAGUUAAACAUCAAGUCAAAGGUCACCCUAUUCUCAAACACAUGUUUCUGGAAGCAAUUCAGCUACAACCACAUUCACAACUAUAUGGAUUUGCCAAUGCAGACUUACUCUUCACGGAUUCUCUCGUGGAAAGUUUGCGCGCUGUUGUCAGCUCGCCUGUAUUAUUUAAGAAAACUUUCUUGGUUGUUGGACGCCGCAUGAACACCCCGAACAUCACGCGCGAGGAAGCAAGCUCGUGGAGGAAUAUAACCAAGGCUUCAAAACGGGGAAAGCUUAUGGAGGCCACGCGCGGCAUUGAUUACUUUAUAACGUCUCCUAACUACCACUGGAGACACAUACCCGGCGUUCAAGUCGGACAGAAGUUAUAUGAUAAUUGGUUGGUUUGGGACGCUCGGAGAAUGGGCUACCAUGUGAUCGAUGUAACAAACACAUUGCUGGCCGUCCAUCAAGAUGCACCUUACCCUAAACAGCACGGACGAAUGAAUCAAAAUCUUGUAUUGAUAAAGGAACCCAGCCAAAAACUCUAUAACCGGGGAGUCGUGGCGUGUUGUAACCUUUAUACCGUACACAUUAAUCGGACCAUACGUCUUCAACGCAAAAAGUUACCAAAACAUUGUUUCCAUUGAUUAUACCUGUAAUAUUACGUCUGGUGACUUAUACCUGUAACAUUACGCCUGGUGACUUAUACCUGUACAAUUUACCUGUAACAUUACGUCUGGUGACUUA